CAGGAGUUCCUGCAGGACUCGUUCGUGCCCUUGGUGGCCGCGCUGUGCAGCGAGGAGGCGGAGAGGCUCACCCGCAAGAACAGCCUGAGCUUCGCCGAGCUGGUGAAGCCCUUCUGCCGCCUCACCUCGGAAGUUCACAUGAGAGAUCCUAAUAAUCAGCUUCACAUAAUUAAAAAUUUGAAGAUUGCAGUCAACAACAUUAUUACUCACCCACCUCAGCCUGGUGCCAUUCGAAAGCUCCUGAAUGAUGUCGUGUCUGUCAGUCAGCCUGCUGAAGGACUAGUAGCUAAUGUGAUCACAGCUGGAGAUUAUGAUCUCAACAUUAGUGAUCGCUCAGUUAAAGCUAGUGUUCCUUGGUACAAUAAUUGGAAAGAGACACUGAUGGAACUGAACACAUCCACGUUUUAUUCAGCUACUACUCCUUGGUUUGAGUCUUACAGAGAGUGCUUUCUUCAGUCCAUGCCUGCAUCAGAUCACGAAUUCUUAAACCACUAUGUUGCGUGUAUGCUUGUAGUUUCUUCUAGUGAGCCCGAGCCUGUGGAGCAAUUUCUGAAGCUGUCUCAAGAACAACAUCGAAUUCAGCACAGCAGCGAAUACUUAUAUCCCAAGUGGUUUAUACCAAACACGCUCAAAUACUACGUGUUACUGCAUGAUGUCAGCACAGGAGAGGAACAAAGAGCUGACUCCAUUUAUGAAGAGAUGAAGCAGAGGUAUGGAACUCAGGGUUGCUAUUUGCUGAAAAUAAAUUCUCGUGUGUCUAAUAGAGGAACAGAUGAACAGAUACCAGAUCCUUGGAGUCAGUAUCUUCAGAAAAACACUAUCCAGAACCAGGAUUGCUAUGAAGAUUGUCCUUAUACUGUCAUUUCAAACAGGAGUACCGAUCACUUGAUAUCAGAUGGCUUAGAGAGUGAAAUUAAAGAUGGCCUGUCAAAUAACUUUAAGGCUCACCCCCUUCAACUGGAUCAUCCCAGUGGCAGUUUGGACAGCACUGAUUAUGUGAAGGCUGCUGCACCACUGCAAGACUCAAAGAAAUCAAACUCUGGAACGCCUCAUGGUGCUUGUUUAACACUCACAGAUCACGAUCGAAUUAGACAGUUCAUACAGGAAUUCACAUUUAGGGGACUUUUGCCACAUAUAGAGAAGACAAUUCGGCAACUUAAUGAUCAG